AUGUCGAACAUUGAUUCCGCCUACGUCGGAGGCUAUCUUUUCUCCCUCGAAGCUGUCAAGCAUCUCCUCGUGAUGGCCUAUGGAGUACAUGAGGAUGUCGCCACCCUCCAGACGGCACUGAGAGUGCUCUCUCAGCAUAGAGACCUUGACUCCCCGAACUUCGUCCCAUAUGGCCCCAUCGAUACAAACCACAACUGUGCUCAAGGUUGGGUCUUGGGGUGCAGGCUUGCAUUUAUCCACAGCGGGUCAUCUUCACUGGACGUCUCCUUGGACUGCAAGGCGCAAGCGUACGCCGACUACUGGUUUCCUCCACAUUUGCGAGGCCUCGCGGAGUUCAAAGACGUCAAGUACGUGCAGUCCCGUUAUAGAAGAACUGCCCAUCCUACGGGAUUCAUAUGGAAUAAGGCUAAGGAGUGCGCAGGAGAGAAGAUUCGCGUAUGCCCAAGGACGCGUGCGAAGUGGCUCAGGGGACAGGAGCAGCGAGGGCAACUCUAUCCGUGCAUUUCCCCACCCCUUCCUUCUACUCUCUACGAAGACGAGUCCUCGGAAAGCGAAAGCGAGACGGAAUCGAUCAUGGAGGGUGCUUCUACCGUCAAGCCACGGACCCCUCAGGUGGUCUCCUCUGACCUAGACCACUGCGAUGAAGUUAUGACGCUCGCCUGUCUGCGCGCCCUCUACAACUUCAACUAUGACCCUGUUUCGACGGUCACCAAUAGCAUCAGUACCGCGCAAUACUCUCCGGAGUACCAUCUCGAGUCCGACUUCGACGUCUUCUUCGGCAACUACUCUCAGGACCAGAUCGAUCAGCGGCCUUUGUUUGUGAGCAUAGAUGGCGCCGAGCUCGUCCAGAACAAUAUUUACCUCGAGUCCAGCCUCGACAUGCAGUACGUCAUGGGUCUCGUCGGUCCAAAGCAGCCCGUCACUCUCUACCAAGUCGGCGAUAACAUCAAGGGCGGCUCCUUCAACACAUUCCUCGAUGCCUUCGACGCAGACUACUGCACGUUCGACGGUGGGGACGAUCCUGUUGUCGAUCCAGUGUAUCCGGACACGCUUCCCGGUGGAUUCACCGGUCCGCUGCAGUGUGGCGGCGUCCCACGAACCCUCGUUGUCUCCACGUCGUACGUCGACCAGGAGGCGAUGCUCACUCCAGCGUACGCGCGACGCCAAUGCGCCGAGUACGGCAAACUCUCGCUCAUUGGAAUCACCUUCGUCUUCGGUUCGGGUGACACUGGCGUCGCGGGUUUCUUCGGUGACUCGGACUGUCUCGACGAGAACAACCAAGAGAAUACGUCCACCGGGACGCGGUUCAACCCUACCUCUGCCCCUACGUCACAACCGUCGGUGCGACCCAGGUUGUACCGGGGAACACAGUCGCCGACCCCGAAGUCGCGGUCAGGCCAUGCGCCACCGUACUCGGCGGGGACGUUCAACGCCACCGGGAGGGCAUACCCCGACAUCGCCACCAACGGCCUCAACUACUCCGUCGCGAUCAAUGGUGCGCUGACGCUUGUGGCGGGCACGUCUGCGUCGACGCCAACGUUCGCCUCCUUGGUGUCCGCGAUCAACGAUACACGGCUCGCCGCGGGCAAGGCUCCUGUCAGGUGGAUCAACCCUGCUCUGUACGCGUUCGCGGACGCAUUCAACGAUGUCACCGUCGGGAACAAUUCGGGUUGCAACACAAUAGGUUUCGCUGCGGUGGCGGGAUGGGAUCCGGCGUCUGGCCUGGGCACACCUGACUUUCAGAAGUUGCUUUCCCGCUUCUUGGAGCUUCCGUGA